GCCUGACAUUUUGAUGCUGAGCAUGCAUGUUGAAUCAGCGCGCGUGGUUUGCCAUCCAAAAUGGUAGAGAUUUGGUUCUUGUAGAUUGCUGUGAAGUUUUGAAGUCUUAUCUUGAAAAUAGCCAUGUCGCAGCCAUCUUCCCAGGGCUCUAACUGCUCUUUAGAGCCUUUCCUGUCUCAAGAAACACUAGACCAAAUGUUUUCAAGUGUCCAUAGUAUGUUUCAGAAUCAAGGAGAUUUGCAGAGCAUGCAAACUCAAGUUCAUGUGGCGCCUACAGUUAUAAAUGUGUCAGAUGAAAAUAUACAUGAGAGUGUUGAGAUGAAUUUAGAAAGUGUUGCUGUUCUGAGACCUGAGAUGCUUCAACUUUUACAAGAACAAAAUUUUCCAAAUCCACAACAACAAUCGGGCUUCAAGCAGGAACCUCUGGACCACUCUCCUACUUUACCAUCCACUUUAGCUACACCCCCACCUGAACAGCCCAGCCCACAGCCGCUGAUUGUGUGUAACACUGACUUCCCUGGUCUGUACGGGUUCAGUUUGGGAUUUGAAGAGGAGAAAGGCCCUCCCACCAAAUCAGCUCAGUGGACCUACUCUCCUACCUUAGAAAAACUGUUUGUAAAGAUGAGGUGUAUUGUACCGAUCAGAGUAAAGCUAAAUGUUUUCCCUCCAGCCCAUGCAGGGUUUUACAUCAGAGUGGUGGUGAUUUACAGGCAACCUGAUCAUUAUCGAGAAAUUGUUGAGCGAUGUCCUAAUCAUAUCACUAAACACAAAGAUGGCCAUCAUGCUCCAAAACACUUGUUGAGAUGUGAAAAUCCCAACACAUUUUACGUCACAUGUCCUGAGACUGGCAGACACAGUUUGAAAAUACCACUGGAUGCACCUCAAGCUGGAAGUGACUUUGUUACCAACAUGUUCCAGUUUAUGUGCUUCAGUUCAUGUCCUGGGGGUUUGAACAGGCGUCCUAUCCUUGUGAUUUUCACAUUGGAGCAAAAUAAUACUGUAGUUGGAAGAAAAGCUCAAAAUAUACGCAUAUGUGCAUGUCCUGGAAGAGACAGGACCAAUGAAGAGAUUGCCGAGGCAAAAAAGCAAUCAAGGAACACAGUUGUGCCUGUGAUGCCUGUGAUAGACCACCAGACUCAACCAGUAAGCACUUCUUCCCUAACCGAGACUCCGCCUACAACACCUCAAACAUCUACAGCUCCUCAGACUCCGCCGCAAGAACCUUCCACUUCCACUGGUACAGAUGACACCAGUCAAAAUGGUCAAGUACCUAAACUAACUAAAAAGCGAUGUAAGUUUGGAGUUCCAUGUACAAUUCCAAAAGCUCAUACCACCAUGUCUUCUGGAUUUGAGGUACGCUCAGUGUCUGUUGACAGAAAUGUGAUGAAACGUCUUAGGAAGGAGGAAGAUGAUGAGAUCUUUACUCUCCAGGUAAGGGGCAGGGAGAAGUACGAGCUCCUGCUGAAGGUGAAAGAAGGUUUGGAUAUGAUGGACAUGGUACCACAGGCGCAGAUAGAUACCUAUAGAGCAAGCUGUCCACCCUGCGGCAGACUGAAAACCUCAAGAAUGUUGCAGAAUUCACACCAUCUGCCUGACUCACAGAAUACUCAGAGUUCAAAUUCAGACUCUCAAAACUCCACAGAGUCACUGCCAGAUGACAUUGAGGGCACGCCACCACUUAUGCCGAUGUCACGAUCAGAUUCAGGGUCUUCAAAUCACUCUCCUUCCUCGUCACAGCAGAGUUCUGGAGGAGGGACAGGCUUCAAUGCAGUGAGGUUUACCCUCAGACGAACAGUGUCCUUGGACAAGAAAGGCUUUCAGCCAUGAAUUCAUGCACAGUUGGAUCCAAUUACAAAGGAUAAAUGGACCAAUGUUCCAAUGUUCCAAGUAGUGGAUGAAAAUUAAAAUCUGAAAACUACACAGGAAACAUGUAACAACACUUAAGUAGCAUUGGUUAUUUUGGGAUCUUAAAGAAAAAACUAAAUUUGUUACUUCGGAGUCAUUUUAGCUUCCAAAUAUUGAUGCAAUUUAAAAUUGAAAAUAAGAAAAAAAGAUUAUAGAAAGAUUGUAGAUAAUUGUUUGAUCAGGGGAUGACAAAUACUGAGCCUCCACUCAUAAGUAAUGCAUAAAUGUUAUCAAAUUCAAACUGUCAUAUUGGAAACUUUGAGUUGAUAUGCAGUGGGACGUGAAAUCGUUAUCAUCAUCUAUGUGAAACAUGUACUUUGCUCUGAGAAUAUUACUCACCUCAGUUGCAUUUUACUUGAGAUCAUUAUUUUGAUUAGAGGUUUGUAACUUGAAUAGUGAUAUAUACUGUAUCAUGUACAUUUUAUUGCACAGCACCUUCAUAGGUGCUACUGCAAUUUUAAAACACGGGUUUGUUGUUGUAAAUACUUAAUGAUAUGUGUCACAUCUAUCGUUCAACAGCACAAACAAUGAACAAAUAGAUUGCAAAUAUCCUGGGAUAUUUUACAGGUGGUUAUUUUGUACAGUAGAAAAACUUGUUUCACAGGUUUACUCUAUUUGUUCUGCUUCUUUGUCUGUUUUGCUUUUCCCUCCUUAUGAGAAUGAACAGAAACACUUGGCAGUAAAAAAAAGCAGUUUGAUAAUAAGUAACUUAUAAGACAUUUGUAGUAUUGCUUAGUAUUAGUUGUUUGUAUUUCGACUUAGCCUACAAGCUUGCCAGAUACAAUAUAUUUAUUAACCAAAGUGUGGUUCAUGAAGGAGUGGUAAACUUUUUUCCCUGGUUGGGUAGGUUUGGUUAUCUUUAUUUUGUUCAAUGUUACAAUUUAUGAUAAACUCUGAUGUCAUUUUAGAUAUUAGCCUCAUUUCAUACACUGUUGCCUGUUAAAUGUGACUUUAAUGAAGGGGACAAUGCAACCAAAAUGGAGUAAAGCCAACAUACAAAUGAGUAUUUUUGCAAGAGCUCUCAAUUAAUUUUAUAUGCACAUUGACAAGUCAGCUCCAUGUGAGCAAUGUCUUCAGUUUGUGAUUUGGCCUCUAUGUAUAAAAGUCUUUGGAACUUAUUUUUAUCAAUUCAGCAUGUAUAAAGAUUAAUAUACAUAGGCUUACUUUGCAAACUUUAGAUGAUUGAAAGUAGUUGUAAAUGAUAAAUAAUUUUAUAAUAAAGAGUAAAAAAUUGAUAAAUUACAAUAUAAGUGUAGCGCAAAUUUCACUCAGUUUACUUCAUUUACAAAUUGCUUGAAGUGUGCCUCAGAAUUGUGUUUUUCUGUUAGAAGUUGGAGAGGUCAUUGUUAUUUCUCUUUUUUUAUUUGUGUCCAGUUAAACCUGUUUCAGGUCAAAGUAUAUUAGAAGUGUAUGAUAUUGUAUAGUACAAUGGGUUUUGUUAUUGUUGUUUGUUAAUAGUUAACGUCAAGUACAGUGCAAGGUUGCUGUUUUCUGAAUGGAAGGUUGUUACGUUUUGAAGUUUGGUUCGAUGCGAGCAUGAAGUAUCACUUGUAGAACCAUACUCAUUAGAAUAGAUUACUGUACAGCUAAGGAACCAUGUGAGACACGAGCUCGGCAUUGGAACUUUUUUUCCAUAUUUUUUUCUUCGUUGGUAUACUGAAUAUGGCACCACUGGAAUUUUUUUUAGAGUAUGGAUUCUUCCAGGGGCUGUAUUUUAGAAAAACGCUUUAAUUGUACUAUUGAGUAGUUUUUAAGUAUUAAAAAGUGCCAGGAGCAUAUGUAGACUUCUGAAAGAACCCAAUAGCAUAAAAUGUUAUCGUUAGAUUUUAAUUUUUCGUUUUG